AUGACGAAAGACCAAGUUCCCGUACUGGUUAUUGGGGCUGGCCCCGUCGGAUGCUUUAUCGCAUAUCGCCUUGCAAAAGCAGGAAUUCCAGUACGGAUUUUCGAGAAAGAGUCCGCCAUUCCCAACACCCCACGAGCUGUCGGCUAUUACGGUGCAACUCAAGUGGUAUUCCAGGAAUGCGGACUCUACGACCAUAUCCGUGCCAAAGGAUUUAUGACCUCUGGUCUAUGUUGGCGUACCCUUCCCAUCGACGAUGGCCAGGGAGGUAAGCGAUUAGGUAAAAUAAUCGCUGCGCAGCCUCUUUGUGACCCCAAUGAUCCGAUCAAAGCUUGCCCGUCUGGCCUCCUUAAUCUUCGCCAGUCAGAGCUGACGAGUUUAAUUCUGCACGAGGCGCUGGAGACAGGCAAUGCGAUGAUUCAAUUCAAUAGUGAGCUUGCGGGUAUCCUGGAGGAAGAGGACGGGGUCACAAUCAAGUUCAAGAAUACAGAUUUGUCACCUGUAACAGGUUGUUAUGUUGUUGGUGCCGAUGGUGGCAGAUCGAAAACACGCAAACUUAUCGGAACACCUUGCCUUGGACACACCUGGCCUGAGAGACUGAUCUCCACGGAUGUCAUUCUUGAGAACCACGUCGACCCAGUAUUUCAUACUUGCUUUAUCAUCGGUACCCAAAAUUACACCAUCAUGACCCCGCUCACGGUCCCUGUUAUCGGAGAGAAGAGUCUAUGGAGGUGCACGAUUGCUAUCCCCCCAGAGGAUAAACGAUCCGAUGAUGAACUGCUUAAAGAUUAUGUUAUCCACGGACUCUACGAACAAGUCAUCUCAGGUCCACGGCCACUUCAAGCUAAAGUCUCAGCAAAGGCAAUAUAUCGCAUUCACCAACGUUUGGUUCCAACAAUGCGGAAAGGUCGUUGUGUUUUGGCAGGAGAUGCAGCACACAUGAAUAAUCCAUAUGGGGCCAUGGGGCUGAACACCGGCAUUCUCGACGGAGAUGCUCUAGCAGAAGCACUUAUUAUGAUCCUCAAUGAAGGUCGAUCGGAUGAUAUCCUUACAAGUUACUCGGAUGCUCGAAGGAAGGUCUUCCAAUAUUUCGUUGAUCCUACUACGACGGCUAACAAGCUCCGGCUUCAUCUACCGAGCGAAACUGCGGCGGAGGACGACGACUACUUGAGAUCUCUCCAGAGCCUGACUCCAGAGGCUCUGGAGAAAGGAGCAAAGCCAUACUUCGAAACAUGGAGGACAGAUAUUAGAGCCGUGGCAAAGGAGGCUGGGCUAUGA